GUGUCCAACCCGACAUUCCACAGCUUCUUCACCAAGGUCUCUCACCCCUACGCCAAAUCCCUUCAAACCCGAACAAGUCCUCCACCACUCGCCGACCUCGUUAUCGGUGUCUUCAACUUUCAAAGUUUUCAGCUUUGCUUUUGCUUUCACUUUCCCACAGUUACUCACCAAACAAAGAAAACAUGUACUAGUAAGAGUUUUCUUUCACUUUUCAUUUUCAUUUUUUUCCCCCUUCUUUUAGUUCUAUAAAACCACAUUUUGGAUCAUAAUAUUUUCUGGGUUUUUCUUUAUGCUGGGUUAUUUUUUUAGUAUAGCUAAAACUUGAAGCAAAGUGAAAAAAAUAAAGCUUAAACAGCUUCAAAUUGUAACUGGGUUUAUGGAUUUUUAAUGUGAUUUUUUCUCUUAUAAGCUUUUUGUUUUUGGAAUGAGUCCUGCUUUACUUCCUAAACAUGUUGCCGCGGUUGUUAAGUAUCAAAGAGAUCCCAUUAAAGCACUUGCAAUGUUCAAUUCUGUGAAAAAUGAAAAUGGGUUCAAGCACACAUUGUUGACUUAUAAAUGUAUGAUUGAGAAGCUUGGGUUUCAUGGGGAGUUUGAGGAAAUGGAGAGUUUGAUGUCAGAGAUAAGGAUGAAUAUUGAUAAUAGUUUACUAGAAGGAGUUUAUAUUGGAGCCAUUAGGAAUUAUGGAAGGAAAGGGAAGGUUCAAGAGGCUGUUGAUGUGUUUGAGAGGAUGGAUUUUUAUAAUUGUGAGCCGUCGGUUCAAUCUUAUAAUGCGGUCAUGAAUAUACUUGUUGAGUAUGGCUAUUUCAAUCAAGCUCACAAAGUGUAUCUGAGGAUGAGAGAUAAAGGGAUUAUUCCUGAUGUGUAUACUUUCACCAUUAGGAUAAAGUCCUUUUGUAGAACAAGGAGGCCUCAUGUUGCAUUGAGGCUUCUUAAUAACAUGCCUUCCCAAGGAUGUGAGUUAAAUGCGGUUGCAUAUUGUACGGUGAUUGGUGGGUUUUAUGAAGAGAAUUGUCAAGUUGAGGCAUAUCAAUUGUUUGAAGGUAUGCUUGAGCAAUGUAUUUGUCCUGAUAUUACUACUUUUAAUAAGCUUAUUCAUACACUUUGUAAGAAGGGUGAUGUCCAAGAAAGUGAAAAACUUCUCAACAAGGUACUGAAGAGGGGAAUUUUGCCGAAUUUGUUUACAUUCAAUAUCUUCAUUCAGGGGCUUUGCAAAAAAGGAGCGCUUAGUGAGGCUGUCAGAUCGUUGGAUAGUGUGAGAAGUGAAGGUCUGACUCCUGAUGUUGUCACAUAUAACACAUUGAUCUGUGGCUUGUGUAAAAACCUUAAGGCUGUGGAAGCUGAGCGCUAUCUGCAUAAAAUGGUGAAUGAUGGUUUGGUGCCUGAUGCCUUUACCUACAAUAGUAUUAUUGAUGGAUAUUGCAAAAUGGGUAUGAUACAAAAUGCAGACCAGGUUCUUAAUGAUGCAAUUUUCAAGGGGUUUGUGCCUGAUGAAUUUACUUACUGCUCAUUGAUCAAUGGAUUAUGCUGUGAUGGUGACAUAGACCGUGCCAUGGCUGUAUUUAAUGAUGCAUUAGGGAAAGGGUUGAAGCCUACUAUUGUUCUCUACAAUACAUUAGUCAAAGGGUUAUCUCAGCAAGCACUAAUUUUGCAGGCCUUGCAGUUGAUCAAUGAGAUGUUGGACCAUGGUUGCAGCCCCAAUAUAUGGACUUAUAACUUGGUUAUUAAUGGACUGUGCAAGAUGGGGUGUAUGUCAGACGCCAAUAUUCUCACGAAUGAUGUUAUUGCAAAAGGCUACCUUCCUGACAUAUUUACCUUUAAUACUUUGAUUGAUGGAUACUGUAAACAAUUGAAAUUGGAUAAUGCUCUUGAGAUAGUAGAUAGAAUGUGGAGUCACAGUGUUAUUCCUGAUGUGAUCACAUAUAACACUGUGUUGAAUGGGCUUUGCAAGGCUAAAAAGUAUGAUGAUGUGAUAGAUACUUUCAAUGGGAUGGUUGAGAAAGGGUGUCUCCCUAACAUAAUUACAUAUAACAUAGUUGUAGAAAGCCUGUGCAAAACUCAAAAGGUAAAUGAAGCUUCGGAACUCCUUAAAGAAAUAAAAAACAAGGGUUUGACUCCAGAUACUGUUACUUUUGCCACAUUGAUUAAUGGAUUUUCUUCCAAUGGUGAUCUGGAUGGAGCUUACCAGCUGUUUAGAAUAAUCGAACGACAAUAUGGGGUAUUCCAUACAACAGCAACGUACAAUAUCAUGAUAAAUUCUUUUGUUGAAAAGCUAAAUAUUAAUAUGGCAGAAAAGCUUUUUCGUGAGAUGGGUGACAAGGGUUGUGCCCCAGACAGUUACACUUACCGUGUAAUAAUUGAUGGCUUUUGCAAAACGGGGAAUAUUGAUUCUGGGUAUGAUUUUCUCGUAGAAAAUAUUGAGAAGGGGUUCAUUCCAUCACUGACAACAUUUGGACAGGUACUGAAUUGUCUUUGCGUGGAGCAUAGGGUUCUUGAGGCAGUUGGUAUUAUCCAACUUAUGGUUCGCAAAGGCAUUGUCCCUGAGGUUGUGAAUACAAUUUUUGAGGCUGAUAAAAAAGAGGUAGCAGCACCAAAGAUCGUAGUAGAAGAUUUGUUAAAGAAAAGUCACAUAACUUAUUAUGCCUAUGAGGUUCUAUAUGAUGGCAUCAGGGAUAGAAAAUUACAUAAGAAAAAGCUUCCAACUAGGUGUUCUCAUGAUCGGGGGACAGGGUCUUUAAAUGUUGAUGGAACUGUAUGAUUUUGAAAGUGAAAACUAUACCUCUUGAGCCUUUAUCAUCUGUGCCUUAAUUCCACGAUGCCUGAAGCUUCAAGUGGCAACCUGUUAGACAGUACGCUCCAGUGUCAUCUGAAGAGAAGUUACUGCAGCAAAUGUGCUCAGCGUACCUUAAAAGUGCUUUGGGUUACUUUUUCUGCUUCUAUUCAACUGGAAAAGUAAUGCAG